UUAUUCUGCAAUGAUCAAUGCAUAUAUAUGAAGGCGUCACAAUCACAUGGCCAUUCCAAUCUCUCCAUUUCAAUUACCCACUACCAAUAUUUCUCAACACACAUAAUAUGAACAUUCCAUGGUGUAUUUAUAUCAAUCCUCUUACCUUAGCUUUACUUGAAUUGAACAAAAAAGAUUCAAAGUUGUACAAAUAGAAAUAACCAGCUUAAAGGACAAAUUGGCAAUGUACAAAGUGAUCAACUAAUCAUCAUUCCAAAAUGGUAAUAAAUAACACCAACCGAUAGUAGGCAGCUGAGCUCUUUCGACAUUUAAUCGAGCAUUCAAAACUUUACUGAUGUAAAACCGAUUUAUUGAAAAAUAUCUAAAUGACUGUAAAAUGGUCGUCGACUAUGAGAUUUCUUAGUACAUAUAUACAUUAUAUAUUACAUAUUUACAUACAAAAGGUUAAGAAUGUAGAAAAUCAAAGUGUAUAUAAUUGGUUACUAGAAGAAAAUGUCACAAUCUUAUUGAUUUCCUAGGCAAUAAGCAUGCAUGCCUCAGAGGAAGCAUAUCUUUUUUUCUUGCAGUCCUCUGCUACUGAAACCAUCUCUCUCUCUCUCUCUCUCUCUCUCUCGUUUGGUAUAAAAUGAUGAGAGAAGAGGCAGAGAAGAAAGAGAGUAACCUACUGCAAUUGACUGUGAUGAAAGGAGGUUACAGUGACUCUGCAAUGGUGGUGCCACCUUCUUCUUCUGCUGAACCCAUCUCAAGAAAGCGUGGUCUACAAUCUGAUGCAUCAAUUGCUGAGAGUCUUCACCUGGAACGUCACCGGAGGUUGAAGAUGACUCAGAUGUUCACUCACCUCCAAACCACUGUCCCUGGCCUCAAACCUAAGGCUUCAAGGGAAGUGAUUGUAACCAAAACCAUUAGCUACAUUCAGGAGCUUGAGAAGAAGAAGCAGAGGUUGGAGGAGCUGAAGGAGAUGAAGAAAACAGGGGGGUUCAUGCUUCCGUGCGGUGGUGGUUCCACCAGGAAUUGCUCCGUCGCGGUUACUGUUUCAAGCAAUGUUGCCUUCUUUGGAAUUCAAUCGGUGGCUCAGCCUGGUUUGGUCACCGUGAUUCUGAAGGUGUUUUGCAAGCACCGAGCUGAGGUUUUGGCUGCUAAUGUGUCAGUGAAUAAUGGGAAGUUGAUGUUGGCAAUCACAGCUUUGGUUCAAAUUGGUGAUGGAAAUAGUACUGUUGAGAAGAUCAAGAGAGAAAUUGCUGAGUUUAUAGGUUGAAUUGAAUCCUUGUUUUUCAUUUUCUUUAGAAGUGUUUACCCUUUACAUAGAGAAUAUUUAAUGGUGUUUGAUCUUAGUGCUAGGAGAAGAUAGGACUAACACAAUUACACAAUAUAUAUGAAUUAGCAUUCAACAUAAUGUAAACAACUGUGCUUGCUAUUGAUCAGUUAUGAAUGAAAUAGUUAUAA